CCUUUUGAUUAUCUUUUAUCAUUACUCUCAUUUUUGUGGCUCUCUAAUUCUGAUUCUAGGAAACCCCUUUUCAAUGAUUUUAUAUAUUUAAUAGAAUCCCAGAUUCCCAGAAUAUUAAAGUAAAUAAUCCCAAUUUUUAUGGGUCAGCUUCCCUAAUUGAGUUUCCCUCUUUCUGGGUUUCUUUUUAAUUUGUUUAAAUUCUUGCAUUUUACUGGCUUCAUGCUGUAAUACUCAAAUGAUCGUAUACUCUGAUUGAGUGAUUGAAUUUGAAGCUUGAUUUGAGCUUUUGUUGGCUGUGAUUUGGGUUGCAUAAGAAUAUUUUGUUGAAAUGGGAGACGUAGCAAAGGACCUGACUGCUGGGACUGUCGGAGGGGCUGCUCAGCUGGUAGUUGGGCAUCCUUUUGACACCAUCAAGGUGAAGCUCCAAAGCCAGCCAACUCCCCUUCCUGGCCAAGCUCCCAGGUACUCAGGUGCUAUGGAUGCUGUGAGGCAAACAAUAGCUGCAGAAGGUCCUAGGGGUUUGUAUAAAGGUAUGGGGGCCCCACUUGCUACUGUUGCUGCUUUCAACGCCGUACUUUUCACAGUUAGGGGCCAAAUGGAAGGCCUGUUAAGGUCUGAACCUGGGGCACACCUCACAGUUGGCCAGCAAGUUACUUGUGGUGCUGGAGCUGGAGUUGCUGUCUCUUUUUUGGCAUGCCCCACAGAAUUGAUCAAGUGCAGGUUGCAGGCCCAGAGUUCCCUGGCUGGAGCUGGCGCAGCUACAGUGGCAGUUAAGUACGGAGGACCUAUAGAUGUAGCAAAGCAUGUCUUAUCUGAAGCAGGUGCAAGGGGUCUAUUUAAAGGCUUGGUCCCUACUCUAGCCCGUGAAGUUCCGGGCAAUGCUGCAAUGUUUGGGGUGUAUGAAGCUGUCAAAAUGUACUUAGCUGGUGGCCAUGAUACUUCCUCGUUGGGUAGGGGCUCUUUGAUUUUGGCAGGAGGUAUAGGUGGAGCUUGCUUCUGGGGCGCAGUGUACCCGACUGAUGUGGUGAAGAGUGUUAUCCAAAUCGAUGAUUUUAAGGCACCCAAAUAUUCUGGCUCCAUAGACGCGUUCAAAAAGAUAUUAGCAAGUGAGGGUGUCAAAGGAUUGUACAAGGGGUUUGGUCCUGCAAUGGGUCGGAGUGUACCAGCAAAUGCAGCUUGUUUCUUGGCUUAUGAGAUGACUAGGUCUAGUUUAGGGUGACUUAAAUGUUCCCUUUGUUAAAAACUAUUACUGAUUUGACUUGUUAAUGUUGAUAAUUCUUUCAAACGUUUGCUCAAAUCAUUUUUUACCCCUUGAAUAAAGUGUGGGAGAAAAAGUGUUGGUUUACAUCA